UUCAGCAAAGGAAUCUCAUUAUUUAUACUAUGAGAAAGAUGAAAUGGAUUCCUAGCUGGUUUUUAGUGGUGAUCUUAUUGAUUCUUAUCCUCAAUUCUCUUUAUAAGGAUUCUUAUGGGUAGAAAGAAGAAGAAUCAAUCUUCAUCAAAACUUAUCAUGACCGCCUCCACAUCAAAACAUAUCAUGGCCACUGCUGAAACUCCUCUUGCUCCUGCAAAUACCAAGGGUAAACCAAGGUUUUUCUUAUUGACUUUUAUUGAUAGGUAUUUCUUAAUGUUCAUAGCAAUUGUAAUUACUGUAUCAUUAGUUGUUCUAAUCACAUGGUUUGGUAUGCAUCCGUUGAGACCUCGUUGUACGCUCGGGAAAUUUUACAUUCCGACACUUGAUAAAGCGUCAAAUGCUACUCAUACAGUGAAUUCCACAGCCAUAUCAUUCGAGCUCAGUUUCUGGAAUCGAAAUACGGAGAAGAAAGUCUACUAUGAUAAGGUGAACAUGACUUUUUCUUAUUACUACGGUAACAACGGCUUAAACUUACCAAUUGGAAAUACAUCUAUACCUCCAUUUCAUCAAAGGUAUUUGCGUACAAGAGAUCACGUAGAGACGGUCCAAACUUUUGGGGUACCUUGGGAGGAAGUUAAGAAAAAGGUUUCAAAUGGAAGUACCCCAGCAGUAUUUCGAGUCGAUUUGGAAACACAUGUGAGGUUCAAGAAUGGGAUAUGGAAGACAAAAAGGCACGAGUUAAGAUUGGGAGUUAAUGUUACUGUUAACGAUCAUGGAAUGAUGUCUGUGGAGCAUGGUUUGAGGCUGCAAAGAAUUAUAGUCUGAGGCUGCAAAGAAUUAUAAGGGCUGUCUAAUGCUUCUGCACACGUUUGUGAUUGCGACUGUAUUCGUGCCACCGUAUGAAUAUUGUUGUUGCGUUGUUAUUGGCUUUUAUUUUGCCUCUUUUGUUUUCGUUUUCUGGGGUACAAUUUUGCGUUACUGCUCUGGUCAGUGCCAUAUUGUGGAGUAAUUUGGUUCUUAAUUUCAUCAAA